UAUGGAAACAUUAUUUGUUUGAUUCUGCACCUCCUUAAGGUCUCAACGAAAACAAGUUCAAAAAGUUCAUUUGAACGGUUUCUACUGCUAGUUUGGAGCAGUGCUGGUUCAGGCAUAAUGUCAACGCCACAAAGGCCAUCGUUGAAUACAAGUGUUUACUCACCGGUGCGAUUUCCGGACACACUGCUAUCACCAAAAUCUCCCAAAGCCGAUCCACUAGGAAUACGUCUGAAAGUUCGAUCAAUCGUCAAAACAGUAAUGGAAAAUCACAAAAAAUGGGAAUUGGCACAAAAGCGUGGAAUUGCACUUUGCAGUACAAUCGAAAACGUGAAAAAGGAGGCAUUGGACCGGAUAGCUAGUGAACCAUCGACAACAUUGUAUCCCGACGAAUUGAAAACGCCCAGUGAAAAGCUGAAAACAAUCACAACAAUUCUAAAAGAUGUGCUGGACAGCAGUAAGGAGUGCCUUAGCCAGUUGAAUGGCUUGAAAAAGUUGCAGAGCAAUACCAACGAAAGAUUACUGAAAAGUUGGACAAUCGUGAAAGUGAUGAAUGCAAUCGAAGCAAUUGUACACGCCUACGAGGAUGAAUACGAUGUGAAAGUAACGGUCAUGGAAAAUGUGUGCCAUUCAAGCAGCAAAGAGGAAAUUGCUUUCCACGUUACUGUCUGGGAAUUCGAAACGUUUGUGAAUGACGAUGUGAGGUUCAUGUUGUUCGGCAUGCAGGUUGAAUGUGAUAUCGAUGGAAAUAGUUAAUAAAGGAACGGAUUUCUGAACAGA